CUCCUCUUUUAUUCAUGCAUCCUUCGAUCUCGCUACAUCUUGACAUCCAUCACCCCCCCGCCCCCCCCUCUCUGUUGCAUUAUUCCCUCACCUCCAUCCUCCCCUCCUCCCUCCCUCUCUCCUCCCUCCAUCUAUCUGGAGAAUAGUGCAGAAACAGCACUUAAGUCCACGACCAAUUAGUGAGGAGCAGCAGCGCAGGGGUACGAGACAGGCCACCAUUCAUCCUCGGAAACACACACACACACACAUUCACUAUUAUGGCACAACAGAUUUAUGACAUACCCUUACAGUAGGAGGCAGAGCCGCUUCCAAAUAUAGCUCCUCUCCGUCUCUGUGCGGCCGACUGCGUAGAAAAGGACGGAGUCGUACUUCAGAGCGGCUCUGCGGAGCGAUGAUGUGACACGAACACCGACACCGACGGGGGGGAGAAAAAAACACGUUAACAAACAUUUAGGAAGAGGUUUAGAAAAGGAAAAGCUCUGACAGUUCGCCGGAUUCUCGUCUCUGAGGGUCGACCUUUUGUAAAAAGUGUCGCCUAAUUCCUCUCUCUGUUUCCUCUCAGUUCAGGAAACUCUGAGUCACCAGCUGAUGAACCAGAACCUCGUUAAUUAUCUGUAAACAGACGAGCUGACGUUCUUUCACUGAUAUUGGAGCUCCUGAGUGUUUUGUUUGUUCAGGGCGUCUGCAGGUGUUUUCAGAGACAUGAAUCUCUCUCUCUCUCUCUCCCUCCAGCCUUUACUCCUCUCUCCAAACCAACACCUUUCACAGUGUUGACUUUAAGUUUCCCCACAGGCUGCAAAGACUCCAUCUCCAUUUUCUUCUUCAUUUCUAUUUCAACUUUAACAGGAAACAAACGAACUGCAGAAGCGAACCUAAAACUGUCGCCGCCGCUGCAGCAGCAGCAGCAGAGGGAGGUUCAGGUUCAGAGGUGUGUUUGUUUGUUUGUUCGGCGAGCAGCAGCGACGAUCAAACCCGUGUGUUCGCUGCAUCUGUUGGUUCAUCAGUUUGUGAGGAGGAUAAACAAAACCGCCGCCGCCGACCCACAUAAAAUAUUCAUCCUUGACACCUGUUUUAUAAUUGGAAUCGACCCGCCGCCCUCCUCUCCUCUCAGAUAUUGACCUCAGGCAGAGCGGUGAAGACGGACUAAGAGCGGGAAAUGAAUCAGUAUCGACGCUGACAAGGUUUCGUGUCCCGUCCCGUCCUGUGUCGCCUUUACGGCCUCCGUUCAAUCUGUGGAGGAAGAGGAGAAAGAGGAGGGUCUCAUCGUUGUUACAAGUUACCCCGCAUUUCCACCGCAACCGGAACGGCAGCGAUUUUCGCAGAACGUCGAUUCCUACCGAAUCCUUUCGUGGUGGAUUACGGACAGCGGUAAUCGCAGUAAGGAUUACAGGAUGAGGUGGAGAUCGGGGGUAAACCUUGAGAUGUUGUUUAAAACAUGAAGCAGCAUCUAUGAUUUACAGUUCUUCGUUGAAAGUAAGUCCAGUUGUCCUUUCCAAAAGAGAGUUCGAUUUUGAUUUUGAUCGGCAGAGGAACGGAAAGAAGUCGGUGGAAAUUGACACGUUAAAUUGAACGGUUACGAUCGACGAAACGACCUUCUCGUAGACGUUUUGGAUACGGUGAAAAUUGGGGCUUAGACAGAAGGAGGAAGGCGUGACUGAUAGUAGAGGGUUGAUGGUUCGAUUCCCGGCCGCGGUCACCUGACCUUCAUCAGCGCCUUGUCGAUAAUUACACUAACGACCUCUCCAUCAGCCUGUGCUGAACUCCGUCUUCAGGAUCGCCGAGUCACAUCCUCAGGAUUUAGUUUAGAUAUUCUACAUUCAUGUUAAACUUGUUUCGUGACUUUCUGACCUCCAUGAAGUCACUAAAGUUCCAGAAAAAACGGGGCGGGUGUGAAACCGGGCGGCAGCUUUACAACACGAACCCUAAUUAUAAACCAGAAACAGAAACGCAACCAUCAGACGGAGGUUACGCCGCUGCAGCUCGCCGAGAUGUCAUCAUUAGAAGAGAAAUGUUUCCCCCCGCGUCUGUUGUCUGUGUGCCGAUGACAAUAUCAGAAGCUGUUUGUGCUCCAUCAGAGCGAGACGCGUUCCUGCAGCUCUGACUUCAGCGCCACAUUUAACCCUCUUCGAUGUGAACGCGGUCUGACUCCAUGUUAAUGAGGCGCCUGAAGGACAGGCACACAUGCUCAGUUCGGCUCACGUUCACGCGGACGCCGAGGCCAUUAGCUUCUCAUUAGCGGCUGAGUCACAUGUUAGCAUAGCAGACGUUGACACUCGUGUUUGUUUGGAUGUCACACCGUGGAGAAGUAAACCACACGGACAAAAGUAUGUGGACGGCUUUAUAGAACUUUUACAUUAAGAUUGUCCAAAUACUUUUGGACAUGUCGAUUCCUCCUGUUCUUUCUCUUCUGUCCACAUCCCUCGCUCUCUGUCUCCUCUCCUCGCCCUCUGUCCAGCGUGCCGCCAUUUUAAAUCUUUAAUCCCACGCCAUGAUUGCAGUUUUUCAGUAUUUAAUACCCCCGACACACACACACACACACACACACACACACACACACACACACACACACACACACACACACGAUACACCAGCACACAUCUGUCGCAAAAGGCCUCCACUAACAUACCAACACACACCUGACUCUCUCUCUCUCUCUCUCUCUCUCUCUCUCUCUCUCUCUCUCUCUCUCUCUCUCUCUCUCUCUCUCUCUCUCUCUCUCUCUCUCUCUCUCACACACACACACACACACACACACACACACACACACACACACACACUCUGCCCUCACUUGAUCAACAUGCUGAUUUGAGCUCUAAGCCUCUUACGCAGCUCUAAGCUCUCAGACUGAGCGAUGGAAAAACUGCAACAUUACAAGUCACUCUCACACGCACUCUCACACACACACACACACACUCUCACACACACGCAUAUAUGACAGUUAAUGAAUUUCCUGUUUGUCAGCGAUCUCCCCUCGCUCUAACGAGCGUCAGAUUCAGAGUAAACGUCGUCAGUUUAUCAGUUUGAACCCGAUGAUUUCCUCUAAAUUAGAUUCCUCUGUUCGUUUGAAUUAUCGCGGCGAGUCGACGGCGGUGAAAGUGUGUGUGAGUGUGAGGCGAACAGCUGAUCCGUCAUCAGUGGGAGUUUGUUAUAUUAGAACAUAUAUUAGAAAAUGUCAGGGAUGUUCCAACAAGGGAACCUCAAGAUUAGAUUAGAUUAUAGGAACUUUGAUUCUUCGAUUAUUAUGAUUGUCGAUUAGAUUUUUGGUGCCACAGUUCUUCGAUUUUUGACAUUUUUAUGCUGUUUUCCAAACGAGACUGAUUUUGUCUUCAUCUGUGGCUACAUAUGUAAAUAAAUAUCCGAUCAAUUAACUCAGUUCCUCUAAAACUACACUCAAUAAAUAAAUAAGGUUUUCUGAACAUUUGAGUUGAUUUGCACGUUAACCUACUUCUCUUAAACUGGGAGGUUUGGAGUCAGUCUCCAGGACGGUCCUCUAGGUGGCGGGACGACCUUCUCUGUUUCAGGGUUAAAGCGUACGAGGUGCUGCCUCACGUUUGUGGCGUUAGUGCUGAGGUUCUUUAUUUUUGCAGUUCGUGUCAGUCUUGUCAGUCGUCUUGUUUGCUCUUACUUUCACACGGUUGGGGUCAGCCCCGGUGGCGAGAGAAUCGGCCGCUCUUUGGAGGCCGCUGAAGCUGCCAUUUUGCUGAGAAACUAACGCGUUCUGUUUGUCGUGGUCUCGCUCACUAAACAGUCUGAGCGGUAUGCGCAUUAAGGUUCCGGUUACUUGUUUUUUUUGUUGCGACCUUGCAGCAAAACAUCAACUUUAAUAUUUAUGUAUUUAUUUUAAGCAUCAGCGUUAAUUAACCGAUGCCGAAUCAUCACGUAAAGCAUCACGAUGAAUCGACACAUCGAUGAAUUUCACCCACUUCUAGAAAAUUCUCGUCAUCAGCGCCAAACAUCAGGUCUUGUCCCACUUCUGAUGUUUCUCUGCAGCCAAUCAUUCAAAAUAUCACAGAGAGAAUAAAGUUUAAACUUCAGAGUGAAAUCUGCUGAAGUUCAUUAAACUGAGGUGGAGUUAAACGCAGAACCAGCGGUAAUCACGGCGUCUUCAUUUGCAUUUGCGUCAGAGUGAAAAAGUUUGAAGAUAUGGAGCUUUUGACUUAUUUUCAGGCUUUUAUUUGAGUUUGGGAAAAUAAUCUGGGCGUCCAGAGGGAGUUUAAAAACACAGAAGAAUCAAUUGUGUCUGAUUUUGUGAGGAAACAGGAGGAAAAGGAUCAUUUCCCUCGCAGCAGGAAGCAUGAAACGUAGAAUAAAUGAGGCGAAGCUGAGGAAACGCUGAUGAAACAUCGGAAACGCCGUUUUUUUUUUUUUUUAAUAUUUGUUUGUUUGUGUGACGUCAGGCAGCGGGGGGGCUGAGUAAUCCUCAGUACCAGUCAGUGCCACGCAGGCCGACAGACGAACCGUCACAUCCCUGCAGCUACAACAGACACAUCCAUCAGGAGGAGGAGGUGGAGGAGGAGGAGGAGGAGGAGGAGGAGGAGGCGGGGUUUACUCCGUACACAGCAGCACUGACUGUGUUUGUGUGUUUGAAGAGGAUGAUGACAGCAGAUCUUAUAAAAACCAAGAAUUAGGAGCUCUGAGUGUAUUUGAGAGGAGCGUUCCUGACGUUAUCGGCUGCAGUGAACAGACCAGAUCAGCUGCUCCUCAUAUUUCCUCUGAUUAGAUCUUUGAUUUGACGUCCGAACACAGAAGAAGACAGACUCUUCUAAUUUCACACACAUGCUCCGGAUUAUUUUAACAGUUUUUAAAGCUUUAAAUAAUCCGGUCAGAAGCUUCUCUUUGACCUUGAAGCUCUCUAUCCUUAAAUAUUUGACAUUUCAGCUUCAUCCCAUGAACUCUGAACAACAUGAUACUUUAUUUCCCCACAAAUAUCGGCGUGGUCGGGCCGGGAGGAUCCGUGCGGUUUAAAGGUCAGCUCAGACGCAGCAGAAGCUUGUUGCCGG